AUGUCCUCUGCACCGCCCCUCGCGGGCCUCAAAGUCCUGGAACUAGGCGGUCUGGCUCCGUCUCCCUUCGCUGGUCUCAUCCUGGCAGACUAUGGCGCCGACGUUGUGCGCGUGGACCGGACAUUCGAAGUCUUCGGCCCACCACGCGACACGCUCUGUCGACGAAAGCGGUCCGUGGUGAUAGAUUUCAAGGACGCCCCUUCGCGGCAGGUAUUCUUGGAAUUGGUCAAAAUCGCCGACGUGCUGAUCGAUCCGUAUCGACCAGGUGUCAUGACCAGGCUGGGCCUUGGGCCGGAGACGCUAUGCCAGCUGAAUCCGCGGUUGAUCUACGCUCACCUUCACGGCUUCAGACCGGAGGGCGUGUAUGGGCGACGAGCAGGCCACGAUAUCAACUAUCUCGCCGCCGCGGGGAUCCUGUCGAUCUUGGGACGAAAAGACGAAAACCCGGCCCCUCCCGCGAACAUUCUGGGAGAUUUUGCAGGCGGCGGGCUGGUCUGCGUGACGGGCAUUCUGUUCGCGCUGCUCCACCGCCAGGCCACGGGCCGCGGACAAGUCGUCACGACGAAUAUGGUGGAUGGGAGCGCAUACCUCGCCACUUUCAUGAGGCAGCAACAAGGGCACCCGAAUAAUGAUCGGCCCAGGGGCGAGAAUCUUCUCGAUGGGGCGGCGCCGUUCUAUGAGGUAUACAAGACGAAAGAUGGCAGAUUUGUAGCUGUCGGGGCUCAAGAACCCCAGUUCUACAGGAGUCUUCUGCAGGGGAUGGGACAGGACGAGAAGGAAAUGCCCGAGCAGUGGGAUCGCGUGCAUUGGCCGAGGACGAAAGAGCUGUUCACCAAGGUAUUCAAGCAGAAAACGAUGGAUGAGUGGCGCGCUGUCUUUGACCACACCGAUGGCUGUGUGACGCCGGUCUUGAACAUGGAUGAGACGGAACAGCCCUUCAAGCCGCUGGUCGACUUGUCGGCUUCUCCGAGUCUGGAUGUCUCGGUGCAGGAGUCAUACCCGGAGCUGAAAAAGGGCGCUGGGGCCGAAGACGUCUUGCGGGAAUGGAUUCCGAAAUCAAGGUCGUCAGUUGAUAUAGAUCCCUCGUCAAAGCUGCUCCGCAUGAAGCACGCCGCAAAGCUAUAG